CGGGGCGACUCUUGGUGUUUUCGAACUCAGCUCGUGGACGGGAACGGCUCCGCUCCGAGCGCGGCCGGCGACUUGUAGGACCCCAGCCCUGGCCACGGCCACCGCGAACGCCCUUGGAAGACUCCGCGGGGUAGGGGCGCGGGCCGACCGCGGGUGUCUCCGUGCGCGCCGCGGGCGCGCCGAGGGCUGAUUGGAGGGGAUCCUGGAGAACCAAUUUGGGAUUUGUUGUGAACAGCAUGGAGGAGAAUGACCCCAAGCCCAGCGAAGCGGCGGCGGCGGCGGAGGGGCAGCGGCAGCCGGAAUCCAGCCCCAGCGGCGGCGGCGGCGGCGGUGGCGGCGGCGGCAGCCCUGGCGACUUGGACACUGGCCGCCGGCGGGCUCUGAUGCUGCCAGCCGUCCUGCAGGCGCCGGGCAACCACCAGCACCCGCACCGCAUCACCAACUUCUUCAUCGACAACAUCCUGCGGCCCGAGUUCGGCCGGCGAAAGGUCACGGGGACUUGCUGUGCCGGCGCGGGAGGAGGAAGAGGCGGAGGAGGCAGUGGCGAAGCUGGCGCAGGCGGUGAGGACGAAGGCGGCAGCGCAGUUGGCGCCGAUCAGCUCCUCGGGUCCGGCCGGGAGCCCCGGCAGAGCGCGCCCUGUGCACCGAGUGCCGGCGGGCCGCUGCCCGGCGGCGGUGGCGGUGGCGGCGACUCUCCGGGCGAAGGGGAAGCGGGCUCCAAGGCGCUCUCGCUGCACAGCGGCGCCAAGAAAGGCGGCGACCCCGGCGGCCCCCUGGACGGGGCGCUCAAGGCCCGCGGCUUGGGCAGCGGCGACCUGUCGUUGAGCUCGGACUCGGACAGCUCGCAGGCCAGCGCCAACCUGGGCGCGCAGCCCAUGCUCUGGCCGGCUUGGGUCUACUGCACGCGCUACUCGGACCGGCCUUCUUCAGGCCCCAGGUCCCGCAAACCAAAGAAGAAGAACCCCAACAAAGAGGACAAGCGGCCGCGCACCGCCUUCACCGCGGAGCAGCUGCAGAGGCUGAAGGCAGAGUUCCAGACCAACAGGUACCUGACGGAGCAGCGGCGCCAGAGCCUGGCCCAGGAGCUCAGCCUCAACGAGUCGCAGAUCAAGAUCUGGUUUCAGAACAAGCGCGCCAAGAUCAAGAAGGCCACGGGCAACAAGAACACGCUGGCCGUGCACCUCAUGGCGCAGGGCCUGUACAACCACUCCACCACCGCCAAGGAGGGCAAGUCGGACAGCGAGUAGG